CCUUCCCUUCCUUGUCUAGGUUAUCGGUAGUGUCGACACCGGCAUCACACGCUGUUACGGACCAUCUUCAACCUGGAUGUUCUUCUCAGGGCAAUAGUAAUGGCAGUUGAUGUGAGGAACCGAGAGGACCACACACACCUUCAGCAGCCGAGAUUGGCUUCCCAGAAUCCCCCCCACAGGCGCUCUGUGAAAGACAACGCGGGAGAGGCAAACAUUGGCGAACAUUCUCACGUGUGCGGUAUUCUUGCUAAAAUUUGAUCACAGACCAUUUGCAGGAAGCGCCGUCGUGAGCUGGGUACGUUCUACCAUUACCCGUCAGCCGUGUCGCUCUGCCGUUUUCAACUGUCGAGCAGAAUGGCCAUCCCCUAAUGCGUAUACGAGAGAGCUCGGAGGGCUGCCAAAUCACGAAUUAGCGUUUUGUUUGCUACGGCAAUGGAUGCCAGCAAACGUCGGGGGCCUGUCUUUCGCAGGUGAACAAGUGGUGAACACUGGGUUGAACCCCUGUUGCUGGCCUGUUCGAAUUGGUACGGCGAUUUGCGCGACGCAUGAUGGGAAACCAUAGUGGUCGGCCGUCAUUGGAUCAAUGUUUUCUCUACACGCCCGGGCUAGCCAGCGCUGUGGAGGUGAGCGCGAUGCUUCGGCCAUGCGCCUUCGAGGGCAGAGGGAGGAGGAGGAGGACAGGGGACAAGUCUCCUCCACCGAACCCCUGGAACUAGUGUCCAUGAUGGCAACGUUAAUUUCCCGUUCUGCAGUGUGGGCGAAAUGUGGGUGCCAGGGACCCAACCACGAACUGCUGGGGUCAACCCGCGAAUGGGACUGGAGAGCCUGGGCAGAUGGACGCCAUCUUGGAUAUUUAACGCUUGCGCUUCCUCGACCUAACCGUCUCUCUUCUCUUCUUUCUUCCCCAGCCAACAAGCCAACUUCAAGCUUCAGUCUCAACUUUGACUUCGGUCGUCCACUCUUUACCAACGCUCAAGCACAUUGCUUUUAAUAACACUCUCUUCCAACACCAACUACACCGUUCUUCAAGAACCCCCCCCCUUUUAAACAACCCCCCAACCGCCAAAAUGCGUUUCUCCGCUGCUGCUCUUGUCAUGGCCGGUGCCGUCCUCGCUGAGGAUGCUGCCCAGUCCACUGUCUACCAGACCGACUAUGUCACCAUCACCUCGUGCGCCCCCACGGUGACCAACUGCCCUGCUCGCAGCACCGUCGUCACCUCGUCGGUCUACCCCGUCACCACCUCCACCAUCUACAGCACCUCGGUCCGCACCAUCACCCAGUGCCCUCCCUCGGUCCCCAACUGCCCGGCCCAGUCCACCCAGGUCGUCACCGAGACCGUCCCUGUUGCGACCACCGUCCGCCCUGUGACUGAGACCUCCGUUGCCGCCAUUGGUUCCAGCUCCUCCGCUGCCUUCUCCAACGGCACCACCAUGGCUCCCGCCCCUACCCAGCCCGCUGGCACUGGCGUCCCUCCCACCACCCUGAGCACUGCUGCUCCCGUUGCCCCCGCUCCUGAGCAGUGCGGCCACUCCGUCAAGACCAUCUCCACCCAGAUCACCACCGUCAUCCCCACCGUGAUCUACGAGACCGUUGACGUGCCCUGCGCCACCGCCUCGGUUGUCGUCCCCCCCGCCAACCCCCCCGCCAGCCCCUCCGGCGGCUUCGCCCCUCCCGCUGGCAACGGCACCGUCCCCACCACCGGCUCCCCCAGCCCCUCGGCUCCCGUCACCGCCGGUGCCGGUGCCAUGACUGGCUCUGCCCUCCUCGCCGCUGCUGCCGGUCUCCUCACCGUCUUCCUCGCUUAAAUUCACUUUUGAGUGACGAGGAACAGGAGUUCAACAAAUGCGUGGCUCGGAAUCGACCUUCGGACGACGCAGGAUCAGCAGUUUCUUUUGUAUCUUUGAUAUCCUUGGGUUUUAGAAGAACAAGAAAGGGCCUGGAUGGCUGUACCAUUGCAUGGGGCGCGCAACCGCAACAAACAUAUCAAUUAUCUUUCAUGACAUGGAUCAAGUCUUUUCAUGUACAUCCUUUUGGGAGAGUGGACGCGCUGGUCAUUCCGGGACAAAGAGAGAGGAAGCACCAAUUUUUAUAUACCUAUUCAUAUACCAUAGCGAGCAUUAUCUUUAUGUCCUGUUUUGGUUUACACACUAUCUCGAAAUAAAGACGAUCUCGUUAUACCCUAUCUAUCUAUACCUCUACCGGGCUCAUGAGUCUCUUGUUUUGUCAUUUUUUAUUGGGGAAUGCGGAUAUUCUUUCUACUAGCAUAUGACAGCGUGCGAAGAAACGUGGUAGAAUGGUACUCAUAUCCUUAUCUUUGUAUUCACUAAAUUCUAAUUGCUACCGAUCGUCCAAUGUUGAUGACGAUGAUAGCUGAAUGGAAACAACUUUUUGGAAACAUUUUGACUUUCGUGCCUCUUUGUGACUUUCGAUGUGAGC